AUGCUCCUCGCGGGCGUCCCCGAGGCGUUCACGCGGCUGUUCUGUAGUCGGUAUCGCGGGACGCUCGCGAGUCUGCUGGAUAAUGCGCGCGCGUUGAGGGAGGCGCUGGGCGUUAUGGGGGCGGAUGCGAGUGAGGAGGUGGAGGUGGUGGUGAAGGAGCAGGAGGCAGAGGAAGGCUCGAAGUCGCAGGAUAUUGGGGUGGACGAGGCGACCUUGGAUGACGAGGCAGCUCAGUCGUUGGCUGAGACGAUGGACAGCCAGGAGAGAGAGAAGACGCAUGGUGACGACGGACGCGAGAUCGAGAAGGGACACGACGUCGCGCCGGAGGACAAAAGGGGGCAUGAUAGCGGAAACGAGCAGGUCCAAGAGAAGGGCAAAGGUAAGGAGAAGGACGCCGAAGAAGCUCAGAGCACAGCAGAUGGUGAGGAGAACACCGGGGACGGAGAGAAGGAGGAGCCGCAGAAGAAUCGGGACGAGGAAGAGAAGGAAACGGAGAGAGAGAAGUCGGAGGGUAUAAGCAAGAACCCAGAGGAAGAUGUCAUCCCGGAGGACGAGCUUGCACCACCUCAGGCCGAACAACAGCCCAAAGCGAAAGCGCCUCAACAACAACAAGAGAACAGCAAAACGCAGAAAGAACCGACACAGCCGAAGAACACGAAAACAGUCCAAUGCUGGCGUGCCUCCUACUUCGAAGUACGAGUCCCCGACGCCUAUGGGGACGGGCUAGUGGACACAGAGACGAUGGAAGACGAAUGCGCCCACGCGGACGUGGACGUGGACAUGGACGGCGCCGCCGCAGCCGUCUCUAUCCUAGGCAUGACCGCGCUCGGCCUUGCACGCGUGGACUUUGAGAGAGGCGAGCAUGAGCGUGAGGUGCGGCGCGCGGAGGUGAUGCUCGUUAGACCGAGGGUGGUCUCGGAGAAUAUUUUGGGAUGGACGGGGCAAGAGCGAGAUGGUGUUGAUGGGGAUGUGAUGAUGGGGGUGGCAUAG